UUUGAUCCAUCCAGGAGUUUCUAUCAGGCUGACGCCCUGUGACCUUUAAAGAGUGAUUGACAUGUCUGUCGUCAUUGCUUUAAACUUCACAAGAGACAGGGAGGGGCUGAGGGUGAGGAUAGGAGCGGGAUUGGAAGUCUGGAGGUGGAAAAAAUGGCCAGAAUGCGUAUGAAGCAUUAUGAAAUAGUUUGUGUUUACAAAUAAACACAGUUCGCUGAAAGACUUUCACAAGACUUUGGUUCUCUUUUAAAGCCUAUUAAACUGUUGUCCAGAUGAAGUUUACAAUAACAAAAACAUGGGAUAGUUCACCAGUGAGUCACCGCGGGAUAUCACUGUCACUUAAACCUGAUGAUGAAGGCUUGCUGUUGGAGGUAGAGGGGCCUUUCUUCAAUGAUCCUUCAGCUCCACCUGGUAAAAGAGGAAAACCUUACAAUCAGUUGUGGGAUUUUGAAGUUGUAGAAGCAUUUUUCUUGAAUAGCAGCAAAGAACUGUACCUUGAAGUGGAACUCUGUCCACAUGGACAACAUUUAGUACUGUUGCUUGCUGGUAAAGGAAAAGCGUGGAAGAAAGAACUAGAUUUAAAAUAUGACUGUACAAUUCAUGAAGAAAACUGGGAAGGCAAAGCACUUCUCCCAUGGAACUAUUUUCCCCCUGGUGUUAACAAAUUCAAUGCCUAUGCAAUUCAUGGUUCUGGUGAUAAAAGAGUUUAUGAGGCUCUGUACCCCAUACCUAAAGAACAAUUGAAGAAGGGACAACAGCCUGACUUUCAUCGCUUGGAAUAUUUCAAGGAUUUCAGCUUGAAUUCAAUUAUGGGAAAGCAGUGGAAGCAGCCCCAGUCCGAAUUGUGGAAAUCUGCCCCUGGGACCAAGAAGUGGCCCAAUUGGACCUCGGCUUUCUGCUCUGUUUUGAUGAAGUUUUGAACAAGACCUUUUCUCUUCUAAUACCACCUGAGCUACUGAGAAUUUCACACAAUCUUCUGAAUAGAAAUUUGGGAAACAAUAUCACCGGAACCAAUUUUGUA